AUGGUGCCAAAGAGAGUAAGGAGGGGUGGGCCGUGGUCUGAAGUGAUCGACUUAUCGGGAAGUGAAGACACAUCUGAUGAAGUGAUUGGGCAUGCGAUUGAAGAAUCAGAUAGCGAGCACCGCCGAGUGAGCCGGAAGAAUCAGAUCAGCCGAUGUUCUCACCGAUACACUAUGGAGUGGGGGCAUAUCGAGAUAAACGUGAGGAAAGUAUGGAAAGUGUGGAAUAAGAAUCGGAGGAGGAUCCAGAAGAAGAUCUUAUAG